AUGUGUCGCCAACAUUUUACCGUCUAUGAAUGGUGCCACUGUGAAUCCGAUGCUGGCUACAGCGUUUGCGGUGGUGCUCGUCGCGAUAGCUGCCCUGGUGUAAGCAUCGAGACCGUCCACAUGCACUGCUUCUGCAACUCGCAUGCCUCUCGUGGCUUCAAGACCGAGAAGAAGAGUCUCAAGCAAGAAGACAAAUGGCGCCGCCGGUCGCAGCAGUCUCAGGCCUCCUCUUCAUCUGGAUCUUUGGACGAGAAGUCGUCGCUCGGUCGUCGAUUCUCUCAAUGGUAUCAAUGGCGGGGUUUGCGGUCGCGCUAG